CUAACCAUUUCUCUUGACUUGCUCUUUGCUGUGAAGGGUCUUGUGUGUUUCAGAUUUAUCUCCAUUCCCAGAAGAUGUCUUCCUACAGACAAAUGAUCAGCUUCCGCUGCCUUGCUCCCUGCGAAGUGACCUGCCCGCAGCCAAUUGUGAAUGCCUGGAGCCAGCCCUGUGUUACAUCCUGUGGUGAUUCAAGAGCUGUGAUCCACCCACCACCCGUGGUCAUGACCUUCCCAGGACCCAUUCUCAGCUCCUGCCCUCAGGAGAGCAUAGUGAGCAGCUCAGCACCAUCCAGCACUGGGAGCUUGUUUGGAUCCAUGAGCUCUCUGGGUCUCAGUGGCUCCUAUGGCUGUAGGAGCUUGUACAAUUACGGGAGGUCAUAUUCUUCCUAUGGAUCCAGUGGCUAUGGUUUUGGGAGCUGCGGACCAUGUUAAAUGUGCAAUGAAUAAGGAGCAAGGAGCAAUCACCCAACAUGGGGGAAGAUGUGCCUCCACAAACCCUGUUACUGGCAUUGCUUUCCUGGACUGUGAACUGUGCAUCUCUGAAUAUCACUUUUACAUGUAAUUUUCAAGCUAACAAUUUAAUUUAGUUUUCUGACUAUUGUUUCCAGUGCCUCCUGAUACUAAUGGCCUCGAAUUAGUUAUAUCAAUGAUCUUUGGCUGGUUGAAAGUGGGACAAGGUUGUGUAAGUCUUCCUAUGCCAUGAAAAAGAAAGAGUAACGUAUGUGGAAUGCAUAGCCCUGGAGCAAUUCUUUGCUUGCAGCCUUUAAUGAGACCCUGGCAAUAUUUUCCUUGUGUAUUUCAUGCUCAGUAAGAUCUUUUACUUCUUUCUCAUUAAAUUAUUG